AGCUAAGAUUAUUGCCACUUGCAACAAGCAGCCGACAUCCUUACAGAGUACAGAUAGAUCACUUCACCAUCCGGAGAGUAGUUCAAUAACAACUAUUCUGAAAGGCCAUUUUCCAAAAUAACUCGACGGGGGUCGCAGAUAUCAUCAAACCUGCAACCAGUCAGCACAGUCUCAUCAAACGCGAAAUAAUGGAAGUUAACUCGUCUCACCCGCUGGAUUACCACGCAAACCAAACGCAGCUGGAAGGAAUUGUGAAUGCUAGCAGCCCUAACAUCGGUCCAUUCGCCAUCUCCUGCUUCCUGGGCACAACCGUUGCUACGUUAUUAACCAACUGUGGAGUUCUUUCGCUAUUUCUCGUCGAUAAAUCCCUUCGCACACCGUUUAACGUCUACAUCAUGACUCUGCUAUCGGCCAAUAUCAUCUACGCUGGCAUCGACGGUCCGCUGAAAAUACUAACGUUCCCGUAUCCCACCUGGCGGCUAGGAGCGGAAGUAUGCACGCUGCGUAUUUACAGCGGCUACAUCAUCGCCGCCAUGGCCAUCCAUUUCCAUCUGCUGAUAACCCUAAACCGUGCCUGGGCACUGUUUUGGCCGCUAUCCUACCGUAACUACCACUCCACUACCGUGGCAUGGUGGCUGUGUGGCGGCACGGUAUUCUAUCUGCAUGUGCUGCUCUUACCCGGCAUCAUACUGGACGCUGUGUACUAUCGCGUUCCCGCUGACAAAGACUGUUGGUUGGAUUCGUCACGACAGUUCGCCUGGGCGACAUUUACCUCUUGGUGGGUAUUUGUUGCCCCGAAGCUGUUCAUUCCAAUCUGUUAUCCUUUUCUCUGGAGAAAAGAAAUGCAGCGCAGAGCACGGACUGCGGCUACUCAGCGGUUUGCGGAAAUGACUAUGGCGCAGACUCCUUGUACGUCAGCGGACGUGGCAACCGCCCCGCUGGCGCAGCGGGGCAGUUCCCGAGGGUUUAUUGUGUUAACUUUAUUCACCAUCAGCAUUAUCGUCUGCUGGAUGCCGAGUCUUCUGUACUUCCAAUUACUGAAUUUCAUUCCGAUGGACAGGCUGCAGACGUUUGCGAAAGUCGCUGGCGUUUUGUAUGCGUUACAGGGUCUUUUGGAUCCGGUCUUCGUCUGCCUUAGUUUGCGUAAGGUAUACCGUUAUGUACUGCGCUUGGACAGGAUGUGCAUUAACAAGGAGGCGCAGCCGAUGACUACUACCAAAUAGGACGGAUUUAAAGGAUACUAUGGCCAUAGAAUCAUGUUCUACUGAUUGUCACUGGUAACAACUCAACCGGAAACAGAUGUACCGCCUAUUUUAGUAGAAUUGUAAAUUCAUGUUAUCGGUUUUGAAGAACUUUGAGGUUUUCCGACUCUCCUGGAUGUGAAGUCAGUAGACGUGCUGCCCCGAACGGCAGACGGUUGAUUGUGUAACCACUUGUUUUUGGACUUGCUC